AUGGCUCCCCCUGGAAACGGCGAAUAUAUCAACCCCUAUGCCGACCCAACCCCACACGGCGAUGUCCAGGGCUAUCAUCAGAAUCCUCCUUCCUCUUAUUAUGCCCCUUGCCCUCAAUUUCCACCGCAUUGGCAUGACGAGGAAGUUAUGGAUCCUUCACAGGACCCGUAUACAACCAUGAGCGGGAAUUUUUACCAGAACGAUCCCGGAUGUUAUCCUUCGGAAUGGCCCUACGCUUAUGAAAGGGGGGAGGAGGGGGGUUAUUUCACUGAGGAAUGGCAGGGCUACACGGAAGUAGGGCCUUCCGGGGUGGAGGCCGAGGCGUAUGAGGGCGAACGAGGCGGGGUGGAGCGGCUUUCGUCGACGGCGGCAAAUGCGGAUCGUGGUGAUGCUUCCCUUUCCGGGCCGGGAAGUGGGGUGGCGACUUUGUAUCCGGGCCGAGGGGUCGACAGCAUCCUCGCGGCGCCUACGCCGACGUCGUCGGCAUCGCCGCCGCGACCCCCUGGCUUGCAUUAUCCCCCUCAUUCCGCCUCACAGCCGCGAAAAUCUUCAUUUCACUACGCCGAGGUAGAUGCCUCGACGCAAAAGGCGCGAGGUGGCAAUAAUAUCGCGGGACCAAAAGCUCUAAAAACGACAGCGCGGGCUCCGGGGUCGAGGGGGGGAAUGUUAACCCCAUCGGUCAAUCAAUCCUACGCAUCUCAUCACGAACGGGAGGGGAAUUCCUCACGGCAUGGGGUGGAAUCGUCUUCAGGGGGGGGGUCCGGCUCCACAAAUGCGCCUUCUCCGCCAAUUUUUUCGAUCACCGCCGGGGCGCCGCUCCUUCGCGUUCCGACGGAUUUGCCUGUGUCGAUCACGAGCUUGCUCGACCUCAUCGCGAGCUUUGUCAUCCAAGGGGGGCCGACCUUUGAGGAGGAGCUCCUUUUUCGCGAGCGGAGUAAUCCACAUUUUGAUUUUUUGCGUGCCCCGUGGAAUGAUCCUCGAGUGCUUUAUUACCGUUGGCGUUUGUACUCGCUUUUGCAGGGGGAUACUAUGCUGGAGUGGCGCGCGGAGCCCUUUCAGAUGGAGCGGAGUGGAUCCAAGGCGUAUGCGUGGGUGCCUCCCCCCGCGAUCGCGGCGGGGCCAGGGUGUCUGUUGAAGGCCUUCGGAUCGUCACCGAGGGAUCCCCAGGGCGGAUCGCAAACGACAUCGCCGGAUUCACGCCCAUCGCGUGAAGUUGACGGCGAAAAAGGACGCGAAAGGGCCUCUGAAUUACCUCCUCCAUCGGCGACGUGGCUUUCCCGACAGACCGUCCGUGAGGGGCGCGUGUUCGUCACGCUAUCUGAGGCGGACGAAAAAAAAUGGCAGGCAAUGCUAAACAUCGAAACCUUGCUCCCCCCCGAGGUCGUGGACGUUAUGAAGAAUCCAAAAGAGAAUUAUUUCUCUCCCUCCCAUUCCACGCCGCUUGAAAGCACAUUGCCGCCAUUCCUUAAACGUGCAAAAACGGAUCCCAGCCCGGAAGCCUCAGCUCAUUUGGUAGGCAUUGUGGAGUCCAUUCAACAUUCGUUGUUAAACAGCGACGUCAUCGCCGAACGGAUGAUCUUUGCAGUGGAGCAUAACCAUGCGGCCUUGCACACUUGGAGUAUUCUUCUCGAUGCGGUGGUAAAACUUGCCUACGAAUGCGCGGGGGAGGCCCAGAAAGAAAGGUCUUUAUCGACCGAUCGUGCAUUGGAGAGAGAUAAAGUCGAAGGGGAAACCGCGAGUCCCAAUCUGAGGGCGGGUGAGGGCCCACACGAACUUCCUUCCGGCGAUGCCGACCAUGCGAUACGUAUGCAUAUCAUGUGUUUUCAAUUGUUAUUUUACCUAUUUAUUGUGCACGAUACAAUCCAAAACGCAAACGCGGAGGCCUUGACCGAUGAUGAGGCUGUCGAAUAUGCUGGCUAUCCCAAUAAUCCCCUCGACCCUUUUCAGGGUGUGCGCGUUUGCGGUCGCGGGGAAUCGGAUGCGAAGGAAACGGAAUCCCAUCCGGAAACGGGGGUUGGGGGCGCUUGCGGCUUUUCUUCUUCUUUAAUGUCUGGUCCUUCCGCUCUACCGCACAGUUCAACCCCACUUUCCAUUCCAUCAAACGCCAAAUUAUCAUCUGCAACCCCAUCCUCAUCCCAUGCUUUACUGCAGGAAGUGGAGGCGAUUCUCCCGACGCUCAUCGAGGCGGCGCUUUUGGUUUCUUUAACAGCGCUCCAUUAUUUUAGCAACCGAUUAGAAAGGAAAAAAGGCCUUGAGACACCACCAAAGAGCAAAACCAACGAUAAUGGGGAGAGUUAUGAGGCGAAUCAUAAAAAAUCAAACAAUUAUCAAAAUAGAAUGCACGGAAAGACCUUGGAAACUGGGUUGAAUGUUAAGCCGGAGGAGUUUGAUGCGGUCACGACGUACUUCCCGCACAUGGCCACCAUCCUGGCGAUGUCGACGACUCAGGGCGGGACUUCCCACAAAAUCCCCGGCGGCUCUUCCCCACGCCCUGCACUUCAUGAGGAAAAUCUGCGUGUGAGUUUAAUAUUUCCUGGUAAGAUUGGGGAUUCUAUGCCUACUGGCGAACAAGCGACCUCUGAGGAGCAGACGAACGAACCCCAACUCGAGAAGGCGGAUGAUAUCGUCAACAGCCCUGCUGAGGGAGAGGCGAUGGAUGACGCCGCGGGGGUGGUGCGCGCGCGUUUACUUCUCGUGUGGCUCCGCCAGCUUUUGUGUUGGUGGAUGCGGUAUACGCCAGAUACUUUUUGGUUUGACAAGAGCGAUGGCGAGGCGGCGGCGUGGGGUUAUCCCAAAUGUGAGGGAAAUCCGUCAGACGGCGCUCCCAACGCGGAGAAAAUGUCCGUAGUGCUCGAUACGACGGUUCUGCCGACGCCCAAUAGCGUAAUUCGUGGACGAACUGCUACUUUAUUGACUGAGCGAUAUGGGUUCCUUCUCAACAAUGCCUACUUGUGA